CCAAGCCUACCAUUUCUCUGUCAAUCGACUUAUUGCUGGUUCAAGUUGAUAUAGAGCAGCCAUGUCCAGAGUAGUGGUCGUCGGUUCAGGCCUUUACGGGCUCAUCGCCGCCAAAACGGUCCUCCAAAUAUGUGGCGCAUAUGAUGAAGCACAGGAGACGCUCGGCAUAUAUGCAAGCGAGAUUCCCUCGUGCUUCACCCAAUCAUCUGAGUCCGGGAAACCGGUGCCUGCCUUGCUAAUUGUGGACGCUGCUUCAGGACUGGGAGGGACUUGGGCCUCCGAUCGACUAUAUCCGAACCUCCUCAGCCAGAACUCCUAUGGAUUGUACGAGUUUAGCGACCUUCCCUUGGCCUCGGUAGUUCCUCCGGACCCAAAAGAUCAGGACAAUCAGUUCAUCGCAGGCUGGAAGAUCAAUCGGUAUCUCCACGUGUGGAGCGAGAAGUGGGAUCUCCUCAAGCAUAUGCGGUUUAAUUGGAAGGUUUCCAAGAUCAGUCGACUGCCGACCAAGGAAUGGAGGAUAGAAAUCCUCACGAGCAGAUCACCCCAAUCAAUUGUGCUUCUGUGUGACAAGCUGAUACUAGCCACUGGCUUGACAUCGCAGCCAUUCUCACCGGACAUACCUCAUGCGGAUGAACGCUCGGAGAUGGUUCCACGAAUUCAUGCUAAGGACGUUGGAAACUACUGCCGAGACAAUCUCGGAUACCAUCCAAUCCCAAGUACCGAAAAGGAAUCAUCUGAGGAUUCAGACGAUCGUUCAAUAAAAGCUCAGGUCCUUCGCAGGGUAGCAAUCCAGGGAGGCGCCAGAUCGUCUUUUGACUUCGUCCACCUGUUCGCCUCACUUCACAAAAGCAAUCCGGAACUGCAGCUCAAAGUGGAAAACCAAGAGCCGAUUGAGGUCCACUGGGUCAUCCGCGAGCAAGGCUCAGGGGCGGCCUGGAUGGCACCACCCAUGUCAGAGCUUCCUAAUGGACAAUAUGUUGCCAGCGACAAGCAGGCCAGUACCAGAUUAUGUGGGAUCUUAACACCAUGCGUAUACUCCCUUCCCAAACGCAUCACACUGGUUCGAUCUCCGUCCGCAUUGAGGUGGAGAUUCCAGACGGAGGGGUCCUGGACCCGGAGAUUCCUUCACGGCAACCCAGUAGGGCGAUUUCUCGUACGGCAGCUAUGGAAGUCGGUGGACUGUCAGGUCAAUAAGUCCGCCGAUUACACAUCGGAUUCGAAGAUGGAACUGUUGCGUCCGACAAGGGGCAUAAUUGAUUGCGCAUCUUCGGGCGGCAUUGCGAACCAUUCCGAUCUCUGGGAAACCAUCCGCGCCUCGAACGUUCAUGUUCACCGGUCGGAGAUUGAAUAUGUCUCCGGAUCAGCAUCGUCUGAUGUUCACUUGAUCAACGGCACUCGAAUUCCAUCGGUCGACCUCAUCGUGCAAGCCACUGGCUAUCGGCCCAUCGUGCCGAUCAAGUUCGAUCCACCCGAUUUAGGCGAGACUCUUGGAUUAUGUUGUGACAAUGUUGAUGGCGAUACAGAAGCCCUCAAGCAACAGUACCAUCGCGACCAAUGGACGGCCUUUGACGGCCAUGUGUCAUCGCAUUUCCGACGCGUCUUCUGCUCGAGCAUGUUCUCGCGCGCCGAGUCAUCGCGCGACUCGACAUCCUAUCGGCUCUUCCGGCGCAUGGUGUCACCGGCGUUGGUGGCUGAAGGCGACCGCUCUUUUGUCGCCCUCGGCGUCGUGCUAAGCGGGACAAUAGCCGUGGUGGCCGAAGUGCAGGCAUUAUGGGCUGCUGCCUUUCUCACCGGGGGUCUGGACGGCGAUGGCGCGGGCCAUGGCCCUAUCCAAUCACCCUUGCGUCUCAAUUCGACCGCCGUCGAACGUCUCUAUGAAUCGGUCUCUGAAGAUGUGGUCUGGGGCAGUUUGACCGGGAGUGGACUCGACGUGGACGCAAUCAACUACAAUGACACGCUGCUGCGAGAUUUGGGGCUGAACCCUUAUCGCCUGGGAGGGAGUCGUUGGCACGAACUGACCGGGGUAUACGAGCCCAGUUCGUAUGGAGCUAUCGUCCGCGACUACCGAUCUGCACGUUCGGGACAAAAGUGAAGCAUCUUUUCUUUGCUUUUCUUUGUUUCCUCCUGGGCUGCCUGAGGCCAACAAAAGUGGCUGGUCCUGCCUGUUUGGGAAGGGCACCGGCUGGCCAAUCAGACCGCGUCAGGUGACUGGAGUGGGCCUUACCCCCUCAGGCAUCCGCAGGCACCCAACCAAUCGAACUCUGGAAAUCAGUCCAUCAUGAAACUAUUCAUGGAUAUUCUCCGCAAUUGCACCAGUAUUUGAACAGAGUGUCGAGUUAAAGGGCCCUCGCACAUACAAGAAUAGAAUAUGUAUUUUGCUUUGCCAUAUUUUGGCUAUAGGAUGGGUAUAUCAGCAGUGUAAACUGGG